AGAAGGCGAGCGGGUUUGCGAUGAUUUGUGCAGGAUUUUUUGCAGCCACCGAGCCGCGCUCAGAGAAGCAGAGAUGGAUGGAGAGCAGGACCCCGAGCGGUCACAGGGCCCCGGGCUCACCAUGGCCGACGCAGACGAGGGCUUUGGCCUGGCUCACACACCCCUGGAACCAGACUCCAAGGAUCUACCCUGUGACUCAAAACCGGAGAGCGCGCUAGGGGCCCCCAGCAAGUCCCCGUCGUCCCCGCAGGCCGCCUUCACCCAGCAGGGCAUGGAAGGGAUCAAAGUGUUUCUCCAUGAAAGAGAACUGUGGCUGAAAUUCCACGAAGUGGGCACGGAAAUGAUCAUAACCAAGGCUGGCAGGCGGAUGUUUCCCAGUUACAAAGUGAAGGUGACCGGCCUUAAUCCCAAAACGAAGUACAUUCUCCUUAUGGACAUCGUUCCCGCAGACGACCACAGAUACAAGUUCGCAGAUAAUAAAUGGUCUGUGACGGGCAAAGCGGAGCCCGCCAUGCCGGGCCGCCUCUACGUGCACCCGGACUCGCCGGCCACUGGGGCGCAUUGGAUGCGGCAGCUUGUCUCCUUCCAGAAACUCAAGCUCACCAACAACCACCUGGACCCAUUUGGGCAUAUUAUUCUAAAUUCCAUGCACAAAUACCAGCCAAGAUUACACAUCGUGAAAGCGGACGAAAAUAAUGGAUUUGGCUCCAAAAAUACUGCGUUCUGUACCCACGUCUUUCCUGAGACUGCGUUUAUUGCAGUGACUUCCUACCAGAACCACAAGAUCACCCAGUUAAAGAUUGAAAAUAAUCCCUUUGCCAAAGGAUUCCGGGGCAGCGAUGACAUGGAGCUGCACAGAAUGUCGAGAAUGCAAAGUAAAGAAUAUCCUGUGGUUCCCAGGAGCACAGUGAGACAGAAAGUGGCCUCCAACCACAGUCCUUUCAGCAGUGAGCCUCGAGCUCUCUCCGCCUCGUCCAACUUGGGGUCCCAGUACCAGUGUGAGAAUGGUGUGUCUGGCCCCUCCCAGGACCUCCUGCCCCCACCCAACCCGUACCCGCUGCCCCAGGAGCACGGCCAAAUUUACCACUGCACCAAGAGGAAAGCAGAUGAAGAAUGUUCCACCACAGACCAUCCCUAUAAGAAGCCCUACAUGGAGACGUCGCCCAGUGAAGAGGACCCGUUCUACCGCUCCGGCUACCCCCAGCAGCAGGGCCUGGGUGCCUCCUAUAGGACAGAGUCAGCCCAGCGGCAGGCCUGCAUGUAUGCCAGCUCCGUGCCGCCCAGCGAGCCCGUGCCCAGCCUGGAGGACAUUAGCUGCAACGCCUGGCCCAGCAUGUCCUCAUACAGCAGCUGCACCGUCACCACCGUGCAGCCCAUGGACAGGCUACCCUAUCAACACUUCUCUGCUCACUUCACCUCGGGGCCUCUGGUCCCCCGGCUGGCUGGCAUGGCGAACCACGGCUCCCCGCAGCUCGGAGAGGGAAUGUUCCAGCACCAGACCUCCAUGGCCCACCAGCCCGUGGUCAGGCAGUGUGGGCCUCAGACUGGCCUCCAGUCCCCCGGCAGCCUUCAGGCGUCGGAGUUCCUGUACUCUCACGGCGUGCCAAGGACCCUGUCCCCGCAUCAGUACCACUCGGCCGUGCACGGAGUCGGCAUGGUUCCAGAGUGGAAUGACAGCAGCUAAGGCGAGGCCUACUCCUUCACUGCCAUUUCCAGAGGGAGGGGAGAGAGGGAGAGGGACAGUCGCAGGGAGAACC